AAAACACCCGGCUGUGUGCGUUGUUCAUACUGCACCGAAAAAUGUUAGGAGAAAACCCACCGCUAACCCAAUGACGCCCCUCUCUAUUUCUUUUUUUCUCUCGGCUGUCCUUUAAACAGAGGUAUGCCAUAUUUCAAUAAAAGCUGUCGCUCCUGUCAGGCAACUGUCGUCUUUUGGUGUGUAGAACAUUAAGCUUGCAAAACCAAGUAACCUCAUAUAGAUAGAAAGAGAAAGAAAUAAGUCGCAAAUUGACAAUCAGCCAGAUCACUUUGUUGCAGCGAUAUCUGGGGUUUUGCACAUAAAAAAAAAAUCCCCCCACUGCGCGAUAAAAGAUUGAUGUGUGCAGCUUGUGUUGGAAAGAGACGACCUCCGAGGCUGUUGGAUUAAGGGUCCCUCUUUCUGCCCAAGAUAGCAGGUUUCCAUGGAGGCAGGUCCGUCCCUAAGCCUCAAAAGAAGAUAUGAAGAGGUGGACAGCAGCUCUCUGUUUUCUACACCUAAAGACUCGGACGAUGACAUCUCCAGCAGCGACAGCGCGGACAGCUGUGACAGCCUCAACCCACCUUCCAGCACCCCGUUUACUCCCACCUCCAUCCUUAGACACCACAAGCCAUCGCCGAGGGGGAAGCGGGUCCGUUUCGAUGUGGUGACGGUGUAUUACUUCCCCCGGCGGCAGGGCUUCACCAGCGUGCCCAGCCAGGGGGGGAGCUCCCUGGGCAUGGCCCGUCACCACUCUUCCAUCAGACACUACACGCUGGGAGAGUUUGCACGCGAGCAGGAAAGCAGCCACAGACAUACUCUGCGCCAGCACCUGCGUCAGGAGAAGCUCAACGCUCGCAAGAUGAAGCUGACGAGGAAUGGCACGGUGGAGUGCGCUCAGGCAGACCUGCUUACACUGGAGGACGUAUCAGACGAGGACCUCGAUGUGGAUGCCGUUGAGGUGGACGACUGUUUCUUCCUUCAGCCUCUGCCUACGAAGCGGCGCCGAGCCCUCCUGCGGGCCUCUGGCAUUGCACGCAUAGAUGCCCGGGAGAAAGCCGAACUCAGAGCCAUCCGCCUCUCCAGGGAGGAGUGUGGUUGUGAUUGCCGCCUGUUCUGUGACCCUCGCCACUGCGGCUGCAGCCAGGCUGGUAUUAAGUGCCAAGUGGAUCGGAUGUCUUUCCCCUGUGGCUGCUCAAGAGAUGGCUGUGGCAACAUCGCAGGCCGCAUCGAGUUCAACCCCCUCCGUGUCCGAACACACUACCUGCAUACCAUAAUGAAGCUGGACGUGGAAAACAGGAGGUUGCCAUUACAAGGGCCUGGGGAGCCGUAUACUGAAUCUGACCCCAUGUCUUCACCCUCUUCUACAUGCCCCACAUCCCCAACCUUGUCCUCAGGCAUUGGCCUGGACUCAGAGCUGGAGGAGAGUGAGGUGCAGUCAGUGGAAGAGGUUCAUGAUCUCUUGGUGGAGCAGGAUAUUCUGGAACGAGAGAAUGAGACGGCUGUCCUGCACCUGCAGAGUGCAGAGGAGCAGGAGAGGAGGGAAAGAGAGGAGGCUGAGGGAGAGGCGGUGCAGCAGGAGCUGAGCUCCGACGGGAUCCCAGAGCACCCACUCUGCCUCCUACCUGAGCAAGCAGAAGCUACAGGUGUGGAUCAGAUCCUCUUGCAGGGACCUUUUCCUACAGGGGCUACGGUCCUGUGUAUCUCUGACACCCAGGAGGAGAGCCCCUCCGAGCUCCUCAAAGACUCCACCUCUCUGCUGUACUAUCAACUCAGCACCAUAGAGCCUGGAGCCUUUGAAACACUGCCUGCAACCGAGGAAGAAGAACAGAACGAGUCCUUGCAGAGCGCGAGUGGAUCCGAGCUUGCCGAGAAGAACCAAGAAAUAGUCGAGGAUUUCCAAGGGGACACACUUGAUGACAAUGCCAGCAGACAGAGUGUGGGCGAGUGCUUGACCAACAUGCAUUUGUGCACAGAUGACAGUGCAGCAGAGCUGGAGGAGAGGCCUGCAGCUCCUGAUAAAGCCGUCCCGAAACAGCAGAGCCAAGAUGAGUCCUGCCGGGCAAAAGAAGCAGAUCCACUGCCUCCUGAAGUUUAGCAUUAGCAUCUUCGCAGAUAUUUUGCACAAUAUCUUCAUCUAAGAUGAGUAAAAUACAUAUUUCACAAUAAUCACUGCAAUCCUCAAAGUAUACAGGUCCCUUAUAGUGACUAACAUUACGUUAUGUGCAGAAAGGUGUUAGAGUAUAAGAGAAGAGAUGCUGGAAGCACAUAAAGAUCACUCCUAAGAUGUAGUGAGAAUGCAGUUAUAUGAAGGCAACAUUGGAGGGAAUUCUGUUGGGGGUGAUGAAUGCGGCCUUAUUUGGAAACCAUUAACAGCUACAGAAACAGUGAGUGUAAAUGCUGACUUAAGCCUUUUGUUUGCUUGAUGUAUAAAGCUAUUAAAGCUGAACACAAACUGUUUAUUGCGGACAAGACGCCGGUGUAGCUGCUGGCUCUGUUUCCAUUACCGCAAACCUUAUGCUGUAGUCAAGCCAAAUGAAGGCCUCUGAUCGUUCCCUUGGCUAACUACACCGAAUGAUCCUGGAAAUACUUGUUUCUGCGUACUGUUCCUGCAGCAUUCGCAGCCUGCUGGAGAGCUGCUUUUCUUUUUUUUUUAUCUGUACGCACAUUGUGAAGUUAAAGCAACACAAGCCUGGGCACCACUGCUCAGACAAGUAGAAAAGAACCAAGAGAGCAGCGAAUUAGCGCUGGCCUUAGCUGUUACUAACGCUUACUUUGGACUGCUGGCACAACCGCAGUCAGACAGACAAAAAGCAAAGGUCACCUCCAACUAAUUUACUGACUAUUUCUCGAAUUAUUGUGUCUUUUGUGAAUUACAUGCUGUUGGUUUUAAAGUCCUUGCAGACUGGGAAGGCAAGGAAAGGUUAUUUGUUUCACAGCGCUACAUUAUUACAUUAUAAGCAGUCAUAUCAUGUGAUGAUGAAACACCAGAAUAGAAGUUUUUAGUCAUCUAAAUGCUUUUUUUGUGCAAGAAAGUUCAGAUUAUAAAUCAAACCAGAUUAGAGUACCUUGCAAAUGUAUAUGUAUACCUUGAACCUUUUAGCAAUUCCUAAUUAUUUUACACAGAUAGAAAUCCAGUAAGUGUGGGGCGCUUUUGCAAUAUUUAAGGUUAACUUUCUUUU